AAAUGUCAGUCAUGUGACAACUUUUUCACUGAACAUCAAGAACAAGUUUCAAUUUUUAUUUUUCUUCACGUAGAAACUAGAUUUCCGUGAAGUUUUUCAGUUUUUUCUCCCCACAGUAUUACACUAUAUUUCGUUUACAAAAAUGGCUGCUGCAUUUCUACCACCCUCAUUAAUUACAGUAAUCUGGGGAUUCAUUGGAAUUGUGUGUCCUUUGUUCGCCAAGGGACCAAAUAAAGGAAUAAUUCAGUGUUGUCUUAUGUUAACUGCAGCCUGUUGUUGGUUAUUCUGGUUGUGCUGUUACAUGACCCAAAUGAACCCACUUAUUGGACCCAACCUUAGUCGUCAUUCAAUUUUAAUCAUUGCCAAAGAAUGGGGAAAUGAAAUUACCAAUACCACAACAACCUAAAGGGAACAAAAACCUCCUAAAAGGAUAAUCAUUUAAUUGUAAAAAUUUAUAUUGUUAUACUGUUAAUUCUUCUAUUUCUUCUGUAUUUUUUUGUAUGCUACUUGGUCCAAAACUUUUUAAAUGUUGUAUUCAAUGUGCCUUUAACUAAAACAAACAAAAACAAAAUAACCAUACGGACAAAAAUAAUAUGAAACACACAAAACAAAAUGUUAAAAUACCUUUUCUGAGAAUAUUUUCUAUACAGUAAUAUAUUUACAGUUUACAAAUAUAUAUACCUAUUUUGCUUAAGA